GCGCAGCUCUCAAUUGCGACCUUAAAGUUACGUUGAAAGGGUCAGAAUUAUGGCAAGCAUUUCGACGACUGGACACGGAAAUGAUCAUCACAAAAACUGGAAGAAAAAUGUUUCCUAUCAUUGACAUAAAUGUGGAAGGAAUGAAGCCUCACCUCACUUACGCCGUUUACUUGGAGUUUCGUCUUGCUUCAAGGUGCAGAUUCAAGUAUUCUAAGGAUGGCGGUUGGUCACCAGCAGGAACAGGAGAAGCGCAAAACACUUUUUUGGCCUACAAACACCCUGAGGGCGAAAUCAAAGGCGAGCAAUGGAUGUCGAAGCCGUCCAUCAAGUUCGAUCAAAUCCGAAUUACCAACACCCCAUCUCCUCCAAGAAAUCAGAUCUGUUUGUCGUCAAUGCACAGAUAUCAACCAUGCAUCGUCAUUGUGCAGACCGAUUCCACAUUGGAUAGUUGGGGUCAAACUUGGCGGAUUGAUUUGCCGGAUACAGAAUUUGUCGCAGUAACGGCUUAUCAGAACAGUCGAGUCACUAAGUUGAAGAUAGACAGAAAUCCUUUUGCGAAGGGAUUCAAGGAGACCGGAAAGGCAAAGUGCAAGAGGAAAAGGAAUCCGGACCAACCUGAAGAAUACAUUAACGUGGUUGAUCUUGAAGGCAGUAGUGAUCCUAAACGGCCAGAGUCUCCAAAGCUCAUACGAUAUUCCGACAGCCCUGCUUCGUCCAGUGGAGUGUCUAGCUUAUCACCGUCUACGCCAGCAGAACAAAAUUCACAUCCAAACGAUGAAUCUUUAGAUUUAUCACAGAAAAUCCCAUGUUUAGAUUUAUCACCGAGAAGUUCCAGUGAAAAUAGUUCUAAUAAAGAACCAGCCCGUGCAGGUAAUGAAUACGUUCCAUCACCUCCAAAGAUGGAAUACAACAGCGGCAAGGCCUGCGAAGAAAGUUGUUGUAGAGACAGAUUUCGAUCAAAUUUUAUGUGGAAUUCAGGUCCCCCUCUACUGUUUCAACCUAAUUUGGAUUAUUUCUAUCGUAAUCAGUUUGCAUAUGCACCUAAUCCAUAUAUGACAGGAUAUUAUUAUCCGCCUCCUUAUAAUAUGACACCGUUCGGUUACCCAGUCAAUUACGACCGAGUGAGAGCAUUCAGUGACUUUUCCAUUAAUAACAUCCUAGCAAAAAAAACGUAAAUAGGUAAAGGACAGUUUCACAUCACUAACUUAUAGUUUUUGAACCUAUCGUUUAUCUAUUCAAGUCAUUAUAUACCAAAAAUAUGACUAAUUAUCAGUAGGAACCAAAGAAGUAUUUGUUAAUUUUAUAUUAAUUUAUCUUUAUAACAUCAUAUAUAACUAUAUUUUAUGUAUUUAAGUUUAUAUCUUUUAUCUAUUUACGUGAUUAGGUAUAUAAAAUGUUGAUGAUUUCUUUGUUAUUCGCGAACUGAAAAAUUGUUUAUUGUUGGUUUGUAUUAGUUUAUCUUUAUAUAACAUGUUUGCAGAAAUUAGUAAUGGAUAUGUGAUAAGCACCUGUAGAUACGUUUUUGAUCAAAUUAAAAUAUUUUAUUGGUUUAAGGUUGCAAAAUAAAAAAAAUUAUAUAUCAA